AUGCCUGACCUUGCACCUACCACAAUAGUUCAGGAGGUCGCCAUCAAUCCUGAUAUCCUCCACAAUCUCCCAGGACCAUCUGUUGAUGUCAGGGUGACUGGCCAGAUGCCAAUAUAUUUGUCUUUAGGGACAGCUGCCAAUGAUGCAAAUGAGGAUGAUGCUGAUGAUGAAGGUGUUGCUACAUGGAUGGAUGUUGAUUAA